AUGGAGGUACAAGGCAAGAAGAACAAGAUCAACACCUGUAUCCUUUCCGCCAUCACUAGAGAUCGAAGCCUCAUCAAUGUGGCACUUUACUGCUUGGACUGGAGCAAGUGGCGGACUAGGAGCGAGGGUCUGGGUGAGCCAUAG